AUGUUUUUAGAUGAAAUUAGUCGAAAUCGUUUGAGCAAGAUUUUUCGAAAACUCGAAAAAAGUCUCGUCAAUAUCAACAUCUAUAAUCGACACUCUCGUGAUCGAACUCGUGUCUAUCAUGGCGUUUUAUCUACAUGGCUAUAUAUAACUUUGUUGUUACUUUCCGUAUUGAUAAUAAUUUUAUUUUCUAACUUAUCGAAUGAAACAAUCAGCGAAACAUUUUCCAAUCCAACGUUCAAACAAUAUACCGAAUUGUACGAGACAUAUUCGACAAAACUGAUUUGUCCGUGCUCUCAACUUUUGAUACCGUAUGGAUCUUUUACAGAGUUUCAAGUGAGACUCCAUCAAAUAUGUUCAAGCGACUUUAUUCAGUCAUCAUGGUAUGAACGUUUUCCUCCGACGAGUUUCUUACGAAGACAAAUUCAUUUUCUAUCAGUGGCUUCGUCAUAUUUUCAAACACUAGCAACAUUUUGUGACUUUGCAAAUGAAACAAUCAAUGGCGCAAGUCAACACUUCUUGACGACAAAUUUCGUCAAUAGACAUCUUUUAUCAAAUCAUUCAUUUGUUUCCACAAUGAAUUCAGUACUCAAUCUAUUAAUUCUGUCAACACGAGCUGAUUUUCAUUAUAAAAUGUCUUUAACUACUGUUUCAAUGCAUAGUAAUUAUUAUGUUAGUAACAUGAGAGUUAAUGCUGAUCUUCGUUCAGAAGUGCUAAGCAACAGCAGUGUACACUAUGAAGUUAUUAUAGGUGUAUAUACACCAGAGAUUUAUGAUAUGAAAGGUCAAUAUUGUCAUUGUACUCGUGAUUGGUCGUGUCCAGUGAAUUUCCAGAUAAGAUUACACAAUUGGUUGACUGACAUUGAUUGGCAAAUCGAAGGGAUCUACGGUAGCUGUACUAUUAUCGAUUCGAUAUUUAAAUCAUCAAUGAUAUGCUUGUUUAAGAAAGGCUGCUUAACACGAUUACGAAUACUUGCAAAUAUGCCGGAAUUUGUCUCUGUGAAACCACUUGAUUCAGAAUUACCUAGUCGAUAUUCUUCUGAUACUUUGAUAGAAAAAAUCUUUGAUGAAAUGAUGGUUGAAAAUUGGAACUAUUCUUAUUCAUAUGAACAAUUCUAUCAUAAGUGUCAGCCGAAGUCUUGUUCAGUUACUUAUGAAAGAAAAAUGAAUGUUAUUUAUAUAAUUACUUUCAUUGUUAGUCUUAUUGGAGGAAUAAAUAUUAUUCUUCGGAUGAUUUCUCCAAUUAUUAUCGAGAUUAUAUUAAAACUUAUGGCUACGGCGAAACGGAAUAGAAUAACACAAAUUCCAAUGAUACAGCAAGAAAAUCAUCGUAAGUGA